AAAAAAAAGACCGCAGCUUCACCUCCACUUUGAAACUGCACUGAUCACAAUUAUAAGAUGUUAAGCUCUCAGUGCUUUCAGAACCCACCAACCCUGAGCUCAACCUGUGGAGCAGGGACCGUUCAAGAGUUUGGAGGCCUUCAAACUUACAUCACUGACUCUCCAGAUUCUAAGCUUGCCAUCAUUUUCAUUGCUGAUGCUUUUGGGUAUGAAGCACCAAAUUUAAGGAAACUUGCGGACAAAAUUGCAGGAGCUGGAUUCUUGGUGGUAGUUCCUGAUUUUUUCUACGGUGAUCCGGUUAUUGAUCCUAAGGACCCUAACUUUGAUGUAAACUCAUGGUUAAAAGUUCACAACACGGAUAAAGGAUAUGAGGAUGCCAAAGCUGUGAUUGCUGCUCUAAGAAGUAAAGGGGUUUCAGCCAUUGGGGCCGCAGGUUUUUGCUGGGGAGGGAUGGUAUUAGUGAAAUUAGCAAGUUCUACUGACCUUCACGCUGCAGUCAUAUUGCAUCCUGGUCCGAUCACAGAAGAUCAAAUCAAUGAUGUGAAAGUUCCUAUUGCCAUAUUGGGAGCAGAGAAUGACCAUAUUUUCCCAUCAGAACACCUGAAACAGUUUGGAGAGAAGUUGUCAGCAAAAUCUGAGAUCGAUAGCUUUGUGAAAAUAUUCCCUGGUGUGGCUCAUGGAUGGACGGUAAAGUACAAGGCUGACGAUGAGUCAGCUGUAAAAAGUGCUGAAGAGUCUCAUUUGGACAUGUUAAAUUGGUUUACCAAGUAUGUUAAGUGAAAAUUGGUUUGUACACUAGUGCAAACACCAGAUAUUGUACCAAUUUGAACUAGAUUUUGUGCUUUAUUUGAGUUUUGAAUAAGUUGAUUUUUAUUUUGAUUGGGGUUUUUUUAUGGGAUUGUAUUAAUGACAUGAUUCUAGCUUUCCUUGUUGAUGUGUUCCUAAAAGCCCUAAACCCUAAAAUCCAUUAGACAUGGCAUUGGUACAUGUUCAAAAUA